AUGAAUAAUUGUUUAGAGGAAACAAACUAAUAAUCAUCCAUUUAUUUAUAAACAGUUAACUCUUUAAAGAAUUCCAUUAAAUAUUAGAAUUUUAUUAGCAAAACUAAAUUAACAGUUAAUGAAAUUAAAAAUAUCAUAAAAUGGUAUGAUUUGAAAAGAAAUUAAAGAAUAAUACGAUAAGUAACAUAACCUGAUUAGAAUAAUGAUUUUUAAAAAUAAAUCAUUUAAUAAGGAAUAGUUAUAAAUUAAAUGUAAUAGCAAAUAAAUAAAUAAUCUAUUGAAAUGGAAAAUUUAAAAAAAGCAAUAUUUUAAAAAGGAAAUGAAAAAUAAAAUGGAAUUCAUUAAAAAUCUAAAUCCUCUAAUGAUGAUUUUUUAGAUAAAUAAAUCAAUUUUAUGAAUAAAUAAUAAAACAUAAAUUUUCAACAUUUUGAUAAGGAUUUAGAAAAUUAGAUUAAAACAUUAAUAUAAUAAGAAUUCGAAAAAAUAUAUAAAUUAUUAUCUCAAUAACUUAAAAGUGAUAUAAAUGAUAUUGUAUAUUAAAGUAUAUAGGAAUAGAUAUUUGUAAGCAAUAAUAAUUCUCCAAAACCAGAUACUUUAAGAAAAUAUUCAUAAACAAAACAAUAAUCAGAAGAUUCAUAAUAAAAUAUUAAUGUAAUUGUUGAAUGUUUAAAUGAAUAAAUUGAUGAAUAUUCUAAUAAUAAUUAUAAUUUUAAUCAAUUUAAAGCUAAACUCAAAUGUUUAAAAUUAAAAUAAAUCAAUUUACUAUAUGAAGAUUUAAAAAAUUCAUAAAAAUAGAAUUCACUUAAAGAUUAUUUUAUAGGACCUUUAGAAAAAUUGCAAUAAUUUUCAUUUAAUUUCAAAUAAUCUAAACUUUUAGAAUAUGUUAAUGGAUAAAGAAGAGCUAGAGAAGAUAGCAAUAAUUUUUAUGCAGUUUUUGGAUAUUAAUAUUUGGAUAUUAUAUUAACUCAUGCUGAUGAUUAAAAUUUUGAAACAUUUAUGGAAAACAUUAAAGGAAUUCCAUUUGAUUUAUUUAAUAAUUAAUCUGCAUUUACAAAAGAAGAGUAAUAAGAAUUAAAAGAAAUAUUUUGUUAUAGAUGUAUAGAAUUGAGAUAAAUUGAAAUAUCAUAAAGAUCAAAUGAACUUUGGCAUUAAAUCAGUGAUAAUAAUAAUAGUUUCUAUGGGUUGACUAUGAUAUUCAUUCGAAAUUUAAUAUACUAAAUAGUACAAUAAUCAGAAUUAAAUGAACAUAUCAAUAUAUAGGAUCCAGAAUAAUUCCUUAUUAAAAUAUUGGAAUGGAAUACUCCAUGUCCUGAAUCAGAAUUUAUAAUGGAAGUCCUUUCACAUGAAUUAGAAUUGUAUUAUAUUUAAUUUAUGAGUUUAGAUGUAUAAUAUUAUUUUAUUUAAAAGAAGAAUAAUAAGAAUUUUCAUUAAGAAUAUUUGGAGAUGAAUAAAAUUAUUAGCUUUAUAUAUUAUAGAAUACUAAUGAAUGUUAUUCAAUUGGAAUUAAAGAGUAAACUUGA